GCGCGGCGGGGCUCCGGCACUGGUGUUGUUACUGCCGGUACCGUCCCUCUCUCCGGCUCCCUCGGGCUGUCUGUCCGCCCGCUCCUCCAUCCAUCCUUCUAUCCAUCCCCGCCAGCUCCGUUUUCUCGCUGUCCGCGGGCUCGGGCCCCCCACGCCGCUGCCACCCUGAAGUUUCUGGCGGUGCUGCUGGCGGCGGGCAUGCUGGCUUUCCUGGGGGCCAUCAUCUGCAUCAUCGCCAGCGUCCACCCGGCCGGCACCGCCGCGCCCGCAGCCGCCACUGCCGCCGACAAUGACUCGGCCGCCGCCGCUCUCCUGCCCGCUGCCGACAAGGGGCUGGGAGCGCUGCACGGCCCCGCCGAGGCUCUGGCCAGCGCCGGGCCGCGCCUACCGGGGGGGCCGCCGCCGCCGCCGCUCUUCAGCCGCUUUGUCUGCACGCCGCUGAGCGCCGAGUGCCCAGCCACGGGCCCCGGCACCGGCCCCGGCCCCGAGGAGCUGCUGGCGCUGCGGAGCGCGGCGGCCCAGCUGCGCCGCACGGCGCUGGAGCAGAAGGAGCGGAUCCGCAUGGACCAGGAGACCAUCCGGGAGCUCACCGGGAAGCUCAGCCGCUGCGAGGGAGGCCUGCGAGCACCCCCCGCAGGCGCCGCCGCCGUUCCCCCCGCCGCCGGGCUCCGCGCCGCCCCGCGCCCUGGCACCAUGGGCCACCCCCCCGCUGAGCCACCCGCCGUACGGGAGCUGGAGGAGGCCGUCCGAGCCCUCCAGGACCGCAUCGACCGGAUAGAGCAGGAGCUGCCAGCCCGCACCAAUGGCUCAGCACCCACUGCCCCGGCGCUCGCCCGCGAUGCCCUCCACACCAAGAUGGAGCAGCUGGAGGAGCAGCUCCUCUCCAAGAUCCUGACCCUGCAGAAGGAGCGCCAGGCCGCCAACACCGACCGCAACCAGCACCAGCACGACAUUGAGAAGGAGCUGAGCUCCCUCCAGAACAGGGUGACAGAGCUGGAGCAUGGACCACAGGGCUACAGCCCUCCUGAUGCCUUCAAGGUGACCAUACCGGUGCAGAACAACUACAUGUAUGCCCGCAUGAAGAAGAGCCUGCCGGAGCUUUAUGCCUUCACCAUCUGCAUGUGGCUGAAGUCCAAAGCCCUGGGAGGGCUUGGCACCCCAUUCUCCUACUCCGUCCCAAGCCAGCCCAAUGAGAUUGUGCUGCUAGAGUGGGGCAGCAACCCCCUGGAGCUGCUCAUCAAUGACAAGGUUGCCCAGCUGCCCCUGAGCCUGAAGGACAAGGCCUGGCACCACGUCUGUGUGGCGUGGACCACCCGGGACGGCAAGUGGUCAGCAUACCAGGACGGUGAGCAGCGGGGUGCCGGUGAGAACCUGGCCUCCUGGCAUGCCAUCAAGCCUCAGGGCGUCAUCAUCUUGGGCCAGGAGCAGGACACGCUGGGUGGACGCUUCGAUGCCACACAGGCCUUCGUGGGGGAGCUGGCACAGUUCAGCGUGUGGGACCACAUGCUGGCACCGGCGGAGAUCCUGGCCUUGGCCAACUGCACCUCCCGUCUCCAGGGCAACGUGAUCCAGUGGGAUGACCAGGCGGUGGAGGUCUUCGGGGGUGCCAGCAAGGGCAGCUUUGCUGCCUGUGAGGAAGGGAGGAAGGCAUGAGCUGUCCCUCGCCCCCUCCCCAGUGCCAAGGAGCCCUGUGGCAGCCCCAGUGCAGGGGACCUCUUUCUCCCCUCCCAGACCACCAAGCCCCCUGUGCUGGCAUCCUGGGAGGGAGAGGGGCUCCUGGCGGCCUCCCUCUUGACCCACACUUGAUGAUGUGGCUUGUUCCCCCUCCUAGCACGCCUGCCCCUGGGUCUCACCUUGCCCCGCUUCUGUUUUGGGAGGCCCUUGCCAUACCCACAGGUAUCUCAGGUAUGGCAAGGGUCCCUGCCUUGUCAGCCCCCCCAGAAGGGAGUAGGAAGGAGACUUCCAUCCACCCAGAGCAUCCCCUUUCCUUAUGUAUUUAUAGUGCCGCACUUUCUUGUUACUGUGAGCCUGUACUCUGAAUGAGCCCAAAGGUUUGGCUGUGAGGAUCUUCCCCUCUGGCCUCAUCCCUCUUCUCCUGCUGCCCUGGUUUGUCAAGCGUGGCCCUGGAGAGGGUGAGGGAGGAUGGUGGAGGAUUGGCAGGGCAACCUUCCCCCCAGUACGUGAGGAGUACUCCUGCCUCUAUUGCCUGUUCAAGCAGGGUUGUCUGAGGGGCAUCAGGCUUUUGAGGCAGGAAGAAGCAGAAUGGCCAACCCCCCCAAGACUGGGGGUCAGUUGGACACCAAGGGAAUGGGGGAAAGGGGCAAAGCAUCUUCCCCAGCCCUGCCCAAGGGGGAAGGAGUGCAGCAGCUGCCACUGAAGGGAGCAGAAGCAAGAAGAAAAGGAGAUGGAGGAUGGUGGUGGCUGGGGGAACCCUGCUGUCUGUCCCACAGGCUUUUGGGCACUGGACUGGGUCGCUGCCCUUGCCUUCUUGGUCCCCCGCUUUGAGCUGCUCCUGGCCAGGGACAGAGCUGCCACCAGCCUUGGGACUGGGAGGGUGAUGGGGCAGGCUGGUAUUUUCCCUGUGGAGUGCCUGAGAAUACACUUUUUCCACGCCGUGCGGUGACCAACGUGUAGAUGUGUGAGUGCGUGUGAGUG